UCAAUAAAUACAGGCCCUGAGGAAGAUCCAACCCAAGGAUCGAAACGUUGGCAAUGAUAUAAAAUUAUCAACGCUUUUUCCCGUGACUGAAAGCCGAAAAAACUCCGUAGCUAUCAAAAAUCCCAGUCGAAUAUUUUCCCAAAUCUGCAAUGGCGACGAAUACACGCACAUCAUUCUACACAGAAAUCAGCGAACGAUAUGGACCACAGGCUGUUCGGCUCCUGAAGAGUUACGCAAACAGCAACACAAAGCUAGGUAACAUGCAAAGCCGCAAAGAGUUCCUGCUCAGGUGUCGGCGAACCGGAGUUACACCACAGCAUAUCGUCCACUCGCUCCAGUGUACGCAUGAAUUGGUCGCAUCAAGAAGCCCCUACAACCGAAAGCUGUCCACGUCCGUAUCGAAAUUCCAAAAAUGUUUGUUGAACAUCGAGAUUCAGGACACCUUCCACAGAGUUCGUACUCUAAACCAGGAGUUGGACAAUCUGAGAGGCCAAAUCGUACACACAACCGAUCCAGAUACAUACGCACACUUUUUUCUCACACAAGAGUUUGCGUAUCAUGAGAACCUCCGGCGAAAAUCACAACAAACCACACAAAAAUACAACCGCCUGAUGAACAUGUCCGUGGUAGCAAAUCAACACCAGAUGCCGACGGAAAAUCCCAGCGCUAUCCUAAAUGCCACCAACAAAGUUGUCCCUCCAGAAACACGAAUCCUUCUCAGCCUUGGUCCGAAAUUCGCAUUGCCAUACAACGACACUACACAGGUACCGUGGUUCCACCUGAUAGCUGAUGUGGAGAACACUUUAUCUGCUUACACCGAGUCAACGAUCCGAGACCAGACGAGAUGCCAGGUUAUCAACAAGAUCCAAAACUUCAUCAACCGGAACACACCGUUCAGCGAUCCACUGUCCAAAUUCUGUAAAUCUGCCGUCAACAUCACCAAGAAGUUUAUCACAACAAACCCAGAUGUCUUGAUCACCGAAGCAGACAAGGGCAACCGCACCGUCAUAAUGAGCCUAGCAGAAUACGACAGUAAACUCGCUCAGCUGAUCGGCGACACCAACACGUACAAGCAGGUGAGCUCAGAUCCGACGGGUGGAUACGAACGGAAAAACAACAACAUCGUACACAGACUACACGCACUCAAACUGAUAGACACCCGAACAAAAUACACACUCACUAGCUACAACGCUGUAUGCCCCCGAAUAUAUGGACAACCCAAAGCACACAAGCCUGAUUUACCGCUCAGGCCAGUGGUCCCCAACAUAACGUCCCCCACGUACCAUCUUUGCAAAUACAUUGCCGAUAUACUCCAGAGAUCCUUCAAAAGCCAGUACAACGCGGUCGACUCAAAAACGUUUUGCGAAUAUGCCAAUCAACUAACGAUACCACCGGAUCACGUGCUAGUGUCAUUCGAUGCGGUGUCAUUGUUUACAAACGUAACGAAAGAGGUGGUCAUCCAUGACAUAAUCUCCAUGUGGGAUGAAAUACGAGGGAACACCAACAUAAAUUUGGAUUUGUUCCUCGAAAUUGUUGAUUUCUGCAUAGGAGCCAGUUGCUUCUGUUUCCGGCAAAAAUUCUAUGUCCAAAUAUCAGGCACAGCUAUGGGGAGCCCACUCUCCCCCAUUCUUGCCGACAUAGUGAUGGAGAAUUUGUUGAGAAGAGCUACAACAGCGGCCAAUAUUCUCCCGGAGCUUAUCCGAAAAUACGUUGACGAUUUAUUCCUGGUUUUACAUAAAGACCAGGUGAAUGCGGUGUUGGCAACCUUCAACUCACAAAACCCGAGGAUAUUGUUCACAUGCGAAGUUGAAGAAAAUGGACGACUACCAUUUCUCGAUUUGCUAGUGAUACGGCAAGAGGACGGUAGCGUUAAAACCGACUGGUAUGCCAAACCAAUAUCAUCCGGCAGGAUUCUUAACUAUUUCUCCUUCCAUCCGAGCGAUCAAAAACUGGCGGUGGUCAACAAUUUCAUCGACAGGGUCCGUAGGUUGAGCACCACUCGGAGUAGAGAAGAACAAGACAUACUCAUUCAUCAGCACCUCAGCAAAAACGAUUACCCUCGCACUCUUAUCAACCGAUUCCUUCAUCAACCACCUCGUACAGACAACCCGGAGAAACCAGCAACCUACCGUUCAAUUCCAUAUGUUCAUGGUCUCAGCUCUAGCAUCAAGAGAAUACUCCACAAGAGCAACACAGCAAUAGGGAUCUCUCACAGUUACAGAAACACAGUAGGACAUCUGUAUAAAAAUGCAAAAGAUCCGGUAUCCGAUCUCAACAAAUGUAACGUCGUAUACCGGAUCGACUGUAAAGACUGCCCAAGUACAUACAUUGGAAUGACAACGAACAAGCUGAGGAACCGAAUGUACGGACAUCAAACACACGUAAACACACUAGAGCGAAGAUUAUCGGAAGGCCACCAAUACACGGAUCCAGAAAUACUGCAGCUCCAGGAAAAAUCUGCGCUAAUCCAGCACUGCAUUGAGCAACAACACCGAUUCAAUAUCAGCAACCCCUCCAUCGUCGAUACAACACAUAAGAAACAGGCUCUGCAAGUGUUGGAGAUGUGUCACAUCACGACCACCUCCAACACGGUCAACCAUCGGACUGAUACCGACAACUUAAGCUGUGCGUACGCACACCUCCUCGCUCAAAUCAAAAACCAAAGAGCAGAGAGGAGUGCGUCGUCAACAAUCCAAAAUAACCGACGAGAAACAGCUGAUCCAACACCCUAACCUACACUAACAAACCCUACCACCCAAAUAACACCAGAAGAUACACACCCCACAGUUAAACCCGAACGGCGAUUGAUAACAGCCGCAUUCUUGUGUUCCGCUGAUUUCUAGUUUUCGAAUUUCUCCCGAUUCGUACCACCCACCCAACAUCCUACUGGGGUGCUGGUGAUGAACGGAAAAGGUGCAGUGUUUUAUGGAAUAAAAACCAGACAAACGAUCGUGUGCAAAGUACGAUCUUUACAAGUUGAUUAAGAUCGAGUGAGUAGAGGACAAAACUAACAAUUCUAAACACAACUAACAGAUAUGCUUCAAUAAAUACAGGCCCUGAGGAAGAUCCAACCCAAGGAUCGAAACGUUGGCAAUGAUAUAAAAUUAUCAACGCUUUUUCCCGUGACUGAAAGCCGAAAA